CUUAUGCCCUUCCAAUGGGAAGAAGUCAGACAGCUGUUCGUACAACUACAAGUGGCGAUGGAAACAAAUGUUUUCGACAUCCUGCGCUGCUGUAUAUAACUUCUUCAGACAGGGACAAGGAUAUAUUCAACACAGGAAAAUGUUGUUAUAAAAGGAAGAAACCGAAGGAGCAACAAACCCCUGCCAUACGAUUUUAGACGCUGUGUUUCAACUUCAGGGAUCUUCUGGGAGGUAACUGUAGCACCUGACAGACAGCUACACGAAUAUCACCUGUGUAUUCAUGAUAAAUUAUGUAACAUUGUAACAAGUUACAUGGAACUUCCACUCAGGCAAAUCCGUCAUUCUGUGCGACUAUUUCUUCAAUGUCAAGCAGUGCUUAUUAGCUUGUAACGUUAUUUAAUACAUGGACAUCCGUUGAUAUGACGUUUAGUUGUGUGAGAUUUUAUCAGAAACCGACACGUGGCAUUCACCUGGCACCUACAGCUGAAAAUAUGUAACAGCUGCAAAAGAUGGCCAUAUAUAGUUAUGCAUGCAUUUGUGAUAGGUGUAAGACAAAGCCUUGUGAAACAUCUGUGUAAUACAUGCACCUUGGGGCUAAUGUCAAAUCAGAGCAAAUAUUUAUGUGAGAUAUCAUAAAUGCGUUAAUCGUGCUGGAGUGUUUACACAUUGUCGGGUUAUCAAUAUUUGGCAAAUAUCAAGUCUGAUAGACAGGAUACAUCAGAUCGUAUUGCACUCAAAUACUGUUACAGUUAAUUAGAGUAAUUUAUAUGGCCAAAUAGUAGUCAAUUGAGAGAAUCAUUGAUAUCGGGUGUAUGCAGGGGGUGUAUGCAGCGUAAGAGAUACUGAUGAUCAAGUCAAGGAAUACCAGCAUUGUAAACAUGUCAGACACUACAACAAACCAAGUUGAUCCUGAUUCUGCAUUCCUCAAUAAUGGAAGAAACGUAUCCAUAACCAUCCAAGAUGGAGAGAAUUACAUCUCUGUGAAGCCAGUUGCAGAAAAGCAGCCUGAUGAAGUCAAAGUCCUUGGAGUAUCCCUGAGGGGCUUGCCAAGAGCUGGGCAGUUCCUGGUCUGUGUGGGCGGAGUCUUCUUCUUCUACCUUAUGUAUGGAUAUGUGUUGGAGCUGAUCUUUAGGCUGGAAGGAUUUAAACCCUUUGGCUGGUACCUCACACUUGUGCAGUUUGCCUUUUACUCUGUCUUUGGUGCUGGAGAGCUUCAGUUCAAGACAGACAAGACAAGAAGAAUUCCCAUGAAAACCUACUGCGGUCUGGCCUUUCUGACAGUGGCUACCAUGGGUCUGUCCAACUCUGCAGUGGGUUAUCUAAACUAUCCCACCCAAGUCAUUUUUAAAUGCUGCAAACUCAUACCUGUCAUGAUUGGAGGGGUGCUCAUACAAGGUAAACGGUAUGGGAUGAUUGACGUAACAGCCUGUCUCUGCAUGACCUUUGGCUUGAUUUUCUUCACCCUGGCUGAUGUGGAGGUGCAACCCAAUUUUGACACUCAUGGUGUUUUACUGAUCUCCCUAGCUCUGGUGGCUGAUGCAGUAAUUGGAAAUGUCCAGGAAAAGACCAUGAAAGCACACAGUGCUAGCAACACUGAAGUGGUGCUGUACUCCUAUAGUGUAGGGUUUGUUUAUAUCUUUGUGGGACUGCUGCUCUCAGGAGAACUCCUGGAACCAAUCCGUUUCUGUGCACAGUACCCGGGCUACACCUAUGGGCUCGCAGCAGCCCUGUCAGUUACAGGCUACGUGGGGAUCAAUUUUGUGCUCACCCUGGUCAAGUCAUUUGGAGCUUUGCUUGCUGUAACAGUAACAACCUGCAGGAAGGCAGUUACCAUCAUCCUGAGCUUCAUCUUCUUUACUAAGCCAUUCACUAUGCAAUAUGUGUGGUCAGCACUGCUGGUGACUGCAGGAAUUCUCUUAUCAACAUACAGUAAGAACCAGGUUAAAAUGGAUGCGAUGAUCCAGCGCUAUGUUGUCCAGCCACUCUUUACAAGACAAGGGAGGUCCAGUGGAAAGACUGAGUACGUCUAAGUAGACUGUACAAGAAACAUCUCAAAGCUUCCUGUCCUGCCCUGAUGUGAACUGUGGGGAACAGAUUCUAAUACAGUAUAUUUUCUAAUAGUAAACAUUCCUCCUAUCCCACAUUGACAGUGAAAGAAACUUAAUAUUAGGUGCUUUUACUUCACAUCACAGAUGGCAGAAAAAAUGAAAUGGGAAAUCAGAGAACUUUAAAUGAUGAAACCUAGAAAUUUAAAUGGUGUUGCCUUUGACAUGCUUGAAAACCCCCCUGGUUCUCUGGACAGUCUGUCAGGAAGCUUAUUACAGACUUUCUGGGAUAUGGUAUGAGAAAUGCUGCAGCAGUGGCUUCCAUGUGCAACAUCAUGUUAGUAAAAAAGUUCAUUGUUAAUGGUGGUGUAAUGGUGAUUUAUAACUAAAAAUGUUUGUCAACUUUGUCCCUACUCUGGAGUUACAUGUAUAGAGCAGGUACCCAGAAUGUAGUGCAUACAUGCAGUAUGAGAGAGACUCAAGCAGAUCAGCCAUUCGUGAUAAAUUGUUUUAUCUAUUAAUAACAAAUACAAAUUCUCCAAUAUAGAAAAUCUAUAUUGGACAUACAUGUAAGUCUUAUACAACCGGUACUGGUGUACAGUAGACACUGUAUGCAGUAGAUGGAGCUUGAUGGUGCUGCUAUGUUUGGUUUGUGAUCAAGACCAACCAGAAGAAAAGUUUGGGUUGUAUCUUGUUUAAUGUAACAAUAAUGUUAGAGACUGUUAACAUGCAGUAUUUUAGAACAUUUAUCAUAUAGCCAGGCAAUGUUGGCUUGGAUCACAAGGUGGAUUUAUUUGGUGGUUAUAGCAAAUGACUGAGCCUUAGGACACCAUAUACACCUCUUGGGGUCAUUAACCCUUUAUUGAUAUAUGUUGUAUUGGUGAGGAUCAUUUUUUUACAUAUUCAUAUUGGCAUGUAUUCAUAAGAGAUGGUAUAUAGAGUAUUGGUGGUAUUUUGUACAGAUACUUGUUGCAGUUGUAGAUGUCAGAUGUUCCAUAUAUGAUAUAUAUUUGUAUAUUUUAUGCUUACUAGGAGGGAAUAUGGAAUAGUUGCAGCUAUUAGUACUCUACUUUGUUCAUUUAUGUAUCACUGUUCAUUUCGACAUUUGAUUUGACUUUUGUAUUUGUACUGAGGAAACUGUACAAGGGACGAAGGAAAAUAAAUGACCAUAGUAAAUACCA